AUGAUCAUUAACCCUAUUAUUGUUUUUAUUCUGAGAAUAGUUUAUAAAAUUAUUGAAGCUAUAUAUAGAUUCAGAAGUAUUCCUGCUAUUAUUAGUUCGUUGAUUCUUAUCAUAUUAUUGAUAUUGCCGAAUAUCAUUCUCUUUAUUAUUCACAGAAUUAGGUAAUUAUCAACUAUAAUUUAGAUUGGAAGCUCAAUCAGAAAUAUAUUUAAUGGCUAUUAUCUUUUUGGCGAAUAUUCUAGUUUCAUAAACUAUAAUUGAAGCAAUUUCAAUAUUUGGAAGAAUUGCAGUUUAUAGAUUAAUAGCCUUAAGCCUCAAAUAAAUGGAAUUUAACCCAUUAUUUCAUUUGAUGCAUUUUUUUGUUAUGCACAGCAGUCUUGAAGAUACGUUUGAUGAAUUCUUAAAAAUUUGA